AUGCAGUCGUUCCACGUGAUUCUACUGAUAACUUUCUUGAUUUCGAAUUGGAGCAACGUUAUUACGUCAAGUGACCUUAUCUGUGACCACGUAAGACUUGGAUCCCAGUCUGCUACCAAGUGGACUGUGCAGUGUAUCACCAGUUCAAUCACUAAAAACUCGGCAUAUUUCAAUCCACUAUCGGUGAAGAAUUUUUACAUAGACAAUGGAACAUCCGUUCUCGCAUCUGCCUCGGAACUGAGACUCUCGUCAGCAUUUGCUGAAGUUGAUUUCCUUGUAUCACCUUCAGUCACUACAUUUUCAUUGCUAGCAGCUCCAGGAUAUCAGCCGAAAAAACUCGUGAACAUUCUCUCUACAGCUUUUGCUGAGCUCUCAGCACUCAGGGCAUUAUACCUGGAAGGAAUCCCACUUUCCCAUGGUAACCUUCAUUUAGUGCUGCCAUCUUCUAUCCAGACAAUUUCGAUCGUAAACUGCGGACUCAGUAACUUUUCGAUUGAGUUUGCUGACAAUUCUGCCCUUGCAAACUCGAGCAUUUCUUCGAUCGAUAUUCGUCAGAACAAAAUUUACGAAAUACCAGCUUUCAUUUAUGAGUUACCGAGCACAGUAUCAUUGAUUGAUCUUCGAGAAAAUGUCAUGAAUUUAUCAACUGAGUCUAUUACGAACAAGAAGCAGUUAAAUUCGUGGCUUGACGUUGAAAUUUUAAAAAUCGACGCAGAUACACGAAAAACGUUAGAUUUCCCAGCUCAAGAAGUAAGAAGUUCGAUAGUGGGCACUGCGACAGAUAUGGAUAAAUCAAAAGAUUUGUACAACCAUUCUGUUUCAGCCUCGUCAAGAGGCAGCGAAACUGUGUCUACAAUGGAGAAAGAUAGUAGUCUGGAUACAAUUCCGGUCGCGAUUGUCGUAUUUAGUAUAGCUACCAUUCUGGUUGUCGGCAUCAUGUUAGCGUUCGUAGCGCGAAAACGAAGGCGAAUGCAAAUUCACGAAACUGAUGAGAUUUUGGCUUUACCACAUCCUUUCGAUAAAUCAAUUUUACCCACACGAUCAGGAAGCUCGAGCCAUUUUACUACUACGAUCGAGAGUGAGCUCUCUGGAAGUCAGAUUUUGAGUGGAGAAGGCAAACAAGAGGUUGAAGAUCGUGACACUUGCUUUAUUGUGCCAAUGUCUCCUACUAAUUCGGAACUUUCGUACACUACAACAGCAAAUUUGAUCAACGCUGGCUAUGUUGACCUAAAGACACCACAUGAAUCAGACCAGCAUUCUCACCAUGACACUUCAAAGUACGAGCGUAAGGAUAGCAAUCAUUCUCUUGAACUGCUAAGUACUCACAGUACAGCAAGUAUGACGGCAUCAGAUCAGCGAAGUGCGGCUAGAAAUACUCUACGAUCAGCAUUGACCACGUUGCUUUCGGUGAAUAUCGACCAAGGUGCUCCAAUGUUAACUGUUAACACGUUUCAGUAUUCUUUCGAUCCACAAACUUCGAUCGAGGAAACUGCGUUUGCGUUUUUCGUCGAAUGCAAACUUGUCAAUCAAUCUUCUGAACACGCACUGUCCGGAGGAUUUCAAGUCAAACAGCUUGUAUUGAAAUUUUUUGUCGAGGAAGACGUUGAUUACGCUGGUCGCGAAAAAUAUGCUUUAAGGUGUAUGUCCAAAAAUGAAUCAGGUCGCUGUCAUGUUUCCCAGUUGUUCGACGACGCGCUUGAUUACGAUUUACAAGUUGGCCACUUCCAUGACGCUAUCACAUUGAAAUGCUCUAUCUUGGUGCUGGAGAAACCAUUGCAAGCACAUUUCGCUUUAUCUCGUCAAACUCCAGAACACCAAGUCUCUCUCUUUGUAAAUGCUAUUCGUGCUGUUCAUUCUCAGUCUUUAGUUCAUGGAGCACUCGACACGAAUAGUUUUACAGCAAAUGCAUCUGACGAGAAUCUAAAAUUCUCGGGCCUCGAGCAGGCGUCACGAGUAGAUCACAAUUUAUCUCGCUACGAUAUGGACAUUCUAUCAAGCAGCCAGGCAGAAUGCUUGCCACCUGAAGUUGCUGCUUAUUUAUUGGAGGAUACGCAUCAUUUUCGUGCAGCAAUGUCGCUGGACAUAUGGAGUCUUGGCGUCAUAAUUAUCAAAAUUUACGCUGCUGGACGCCGUUUGGAAGAGUUUAAAGACUGUAAAACAUCGUAUGAUGUGUUCGAGUGCCUGCGCGAUGUACAAACUACUGACAAAGCCGCAAACGGUUGCUUUUUCGAGCGAUCGCUUGCUCAAUUUGUACCAAACAGUGAUAUGAAGAGUCUCGUGCGUCAGUGCGUACAUUUGAACGCAGCAUCAAGACCUUCAAUUGACUUCAUUGCAAAGCACAAAGUUUUUCAGCCGAAAGAACGCGAAGUUUCUCGAGCAACUACAGUAACAAAUGCAGCUACGAUUCGAAUGCUCACAGCAAUUUUUGAAGAGAAACAUCUUUUAUCGUUACUAAAGUCUACCAAAUUACUUCAAGCUAUUGAGCCUGAGCGUGAAAGAAGUGGAAAAGAACUGAUGUCUGUUAAAAAUCAGAUCGUAGCACGUGACGACGUUACCCCUGAACCUUUGCCGCCAAGUCUGUGGCUUUUCCUACCACCAGUGGAUCUUGGAAUCGACUUAACACAGCGCGCAAAUUGCUACUCAGUAGAGCAAUGGGUUCUCAAGCUAAAACGUCUUCAACAGCAACGUGCAGAGGAAGUGCACUUUCCGCUUGUUUUUAUGUGCGAGACGUGUGAAAUUGGUUCUACAAUCCCGUGCAGUAUCACCACAAAUACACAAUACGGUGUCAGUGUCACCUCCUCAUUGCUUUCACUUGUAAUGCCACUUGUUCGAGAAACAAUGCUUUUUAUGGAAGCACGUGCGAUUCUUUCGAACGGACUAAGUGUUGGUGAAGCAAGUGGACUCACUGGUCCUCAGCAAUGGGAAGAAUUGCGAACGUUCUACUGUGCAUUAGAACGCAUGGAACUUGCUACAAUUAAUCCGGUGAAUGAGAUCGAGUUUGCACUGAUGGAGCAGCAACUUAAGUCUCAAGAUCAAGCAAAGGCGCGAAAAGUGCUUGACAAACUUACAAUUUUGAAUUUCAGCGAAGACAAACGCGAUUGGGCAGCAUUGCAACGUUGUAACGUCCGUGGAAAGAACUCAUCAUCAUUUAGUCAUACGCAGUGUAAUCAAGUGCAAGGGGUAAUUUCAAUAAGUCCAACCACAUUGAGUGAAGAACAAGGUUAUACAAUAUGUCCGUGA